UAUCACUUCAAAAAAAGAAAAAUUUCAUUAUUUUCUUUCUCUCUCACGCACUCACACAGUGACACAAAGCAGAUUCACAGCAUAUGAUUCGGUUUUUGGGUUUCACUCCCCAAAACCCACACACAGAGAGACCACACCACUUGCACUGGUGACUGGCCCCCUUCUUCCUCCGCCUUCCCUCGCCUCCCUUCCCUUUUUUCCUCUCCCUUUGUCUCUUUCGUCUUUUUCCAAUUCCUCUUUUCUCUCUCUCUCUCUCUCUCAAAAACCCCAACACCUUUUUUUAGAGUUUUUUUUCCCCUUUCUUUUUUCCAUGAACAAAAGUGUAAAAAUAUUCUAAAAAAACCCACUAAAACCACUCCUCCUUUUCUACUUCUACAGUCUAUACUACUGCUCCCCUGCUUCUUUCUGCUCUGUUUCCACUGUAACCCAUCUUCUUCCCAAACCCGCAUUCUGGAAUUUUCCGACUCCCAACAAUGAGAUUCAUGGCCGGUAGGAAUGUCAUACUUGUGAUCUUCGCCAUUUUGCUUCUUUCCGGUUCUUUUGCUUCUGCUGCUCCAGUUGCUUCUUCCCCAGCAAGAUUAUUGAAUGGGUUUUUCUCGAAUGCAAUUUCGAUGCUGAUGAAAUGGGUGAAGUCACUCAAAGCUACUACUAAAACGGCGAUAGCUGGGCGCCCGAUGAUGAAAUUUGAGAGUGGAUACUCGGUGGAAACUGUAUUUGAUGGAAGUAAGCUUGGAAUUGAACCUCAUUCUGUGGAGUUAUUGCCCAACGGAGAACUUCUUAUACUGGAUUCUGCUAAUAGCAAUCUUUACAGGAUCUCUUCCUCAUUGUCUCUGUAUAGUAGACCAAAGCUUGUAGCUGGAUCUGCUGAGGGGUAUUCAGGACAUAUAGAUGGGAAGUUAAGGGAAGCUAGGAUGAAUCAUCCCAAGGGGCUCACAGUUGAUGACCGUGGAAACAUUUACGUUGCUGAUACUGACAAUAUGGCAAUCAGGAAGAUAAGUGACACAGGAAUCACAACGAUUGCCGGAGGCAAGAAGAGUCGAGGAGGUGGGCAUGUAGAUGGACCAAGUGAGGAUGCAAAAUUCUCAAAUGAUUUUGACGUGAUCUACAUUGGAAGUAGCUGCUCACUCCUUGUUAUAGACAGAGGAAAUCAGGCAAUCCGUGAGAUUCAACUUCAUUUUGAUGACUGUGCUUAUCAGUAUGGAAGUGGCUUUCCAUUAGGUAUUGCCGUGCUUGUGGCUGCUGGCUUCUUUGGUUAUAUGUUGGCAUUGCUGCAACGCCGGGUUGGUCUCAUUGUAUCUGCCCAAAAUGAUGAAAGUUUGCUGAAACCAACUUCUCAAAGUUCAUAUCUAAAGCCAAUGAAAUCAGUGAGGCCUCCAUUGAUUCCUAUGGAAGGUGAUGAAGAAAAGCAAGAAGAAAGUCUGUUUGGAUCCCUGGGAAGGCUGAUAGCACAAACGGGAGCAUCUAGUUUGGAAAUCCUGGGAGGCAUAUUCCCUUGGAUUCAAAAGAAGUCAUGGAACCACCAUUCUCAACCACAGCAAGAACAACAACAGUACCAGCAGCAUCACAAGUAUUCAAGUGCCUGGCCAGUACAAGACAGCUAUGUUGUUCCAGAUGAAGAUAAACCCCCCUCUAUUGAAGCAAGGACCCCCACUCCAAGAAAAACCUACGCCUUCAUGUCUGAGGAUUCUGAAAAGAUGCAACAGCUCCGGCAAAGCCGUGCUUUUUACAGUGGAUGGGAUGGAAAAUUUCAGCAGCAGACUCAGAAACAGCAGCAUCGGCAUCAGCAGUAUUCGACAACUCCUCAAACUUAUUAUGAACAGAGCUCUGAGAAUACCAAUGAGAUUGUCUUUGGUGCCGUGCAGCAAGAUGGGCAUCGAGAAGCUAUGGUGAUAAAGCCAUUGGAUCCUGGAUAUCCCAUCUACGGUCGCAAGAGCAUUCGCUCGCGAAGCAAUUCCACAUCUCAAGGCAGCUGAUCAAGUAUACAUAGGAAUCCUGUAAACCAAAAAACAAAAAGAACAAGAAAAGAAAAAGAGGAACUUCCUGCUAAGGAACUUGCUUCGUGGUGGCCGCAAUUGGUGAUAUUGGUAGUAUUAUUAGGUGUUUGAUCCAAGAGUUGGAGAUUAUAUUGAGAGUAUAACAUAUGUGCUGUAUAUCCUGCCUUGUAGACUUGUAGUACAAAGUAAUCUAAUAGCUAGCUAAAAUAUUUGUGAUUUUUCGGGGAAAAAAAAGAAUCUGUUCUCUGAUACUGGAUAUGAGUUUAUCCUACUAUGAUCUUGGAUGUUCUUCCCAACCCUUGCUCCCUAUAGACUCCUCCAUUUCUUCUCGACUGUCAUCCAUUUCUUUACCUUGUGCCAAGAAGAUGCCGAUUUUUACCAUUGGCGAGAUUAGAAAUCUCAAAUUCUAAGAACGCAUGCGCAGACAAAUUCGUUUAACAUCGCCAUUCUUUUCUCUCCUUUGAUCCGCAUUAAAAAAGCUAUGUGAGAAAGUAGGAUCAGCAUGCCCCAUGUUGAAUUGCAGGAGUUGGAAGUUUUAACGGCGUUGAAAUGGCUGGCAGAGGUGCUAGUUGGCCAAAUAUUUUUGGAAGCAUUAGGGCAAACAUUCUGCAGUUCUGCACCAUUGAGUAGAAGAAUGUCUCCAACACUAAAUCAAAAUGGGUAUGCCAUUAUGGAGCAGAAAAUAUAAUACUCAUUCUCUUAAUGACGCUAAGUGGUGGAUCAC